AUGAGAGACAUUACCGAGCUGCCACAUGACCUCUUCCUUGUCGUGAUAUCUUACCUGUCGCCGCGGGCCUGCGUUCGCUGUCGCCGAGUCUCACGGCAAUGGCUUGCUGCCUUCACGAGCGACGGCACCUCGCGCCUGCUCCUGCGCCGGAACUUCCCGCGAUGCCGUGAGAUUCGCCUAGCCACUGCGGCGGCAGCAGCUGCAGUGCUCACGACACUUGGGCCGCUAUCGUCAAUAGUGUCAAACAAUAAUCUGAGGGCUGAGCUGGCGUGCAUGAUUGCCCAGCAGGAGUCAACCCCCGGCAAAACCUGGGCUCCCGCGUUUGCUGAUGUCGCCCGUCGAUACUACCACCUCCGCCAGGGACGACCCCGCAUCAUCGAGAAACUCAACCUCCCGGACAAGGCCUCGCCUGGCGGCUUCUCGUUCCGCGGCGUAGCCACAUGGAACCGCUUCCUUCGCCUCGACGAGAAGACGGCAAACUUCCACUACCCCGACCCUAUCUGGUCGUACAGCCAGGAAGACGGCGUCCUGGUGUACCCGUCCGCCGAGGCGUGUUGCGGGCAUGCUCCUGCUCCCAACGACCCCCAUGAACAGGGACAGGUACAAGGGCCACACCCGCAAAGCCAGUAUGACGGAUACGUUUACCAAGUUCUCGACCUGGCCACCAAGCAACAAGUUCCUGUCCCUUUUGAUAUCCGCCAGAAGCACAUCCGGCGCGUCCGACUGGCUCAGGGGGUGCUUGUGUUCGAGUGGGCCGAAGCGCACCCAUACCACCAGCUGAACGACCGAGAGGUUGUGCAUAGGCACUUCGUGACCGUGUUCGAUGUUGUCCGUGUUCCGACCCCCGCGGCCACGACGACUGAGGGCCGCCGCUCAGACCAGUUGACAUGGGAGGUGACCUUCCGGUGCGAGUUCAAGCUUCAUUUCCUCGGCCUCCCGCUGAAUCGAUUCGAUCGCUUCUUCUCGGCCCACACGUCCACUCACUGGGCUGUGUAUUUCUGGCAGCCUAACCGCUCGCUCUACCAGGACGACCCCAUUGAGCAGCUGGCCGUCUGGGACAUAUCGUCGCCUAGCUCGUAUCGCCCUUCGGAAGAUCCGAGGGGCGACAAGGGGCCCCCACCAAAAAGGACUCCUCACUGGUCAGCAGUUGGUCUGUGGAGCGGCGUUAACGGCACGCACAAUGAUGGGGACGGCGCGGCAGCUGCCGACCCAGGCGCCGAUCCCAAGACACGUGCUCGAAUCUCACCAGCCAGUGCCCCCAUCGGGCCGCGGGUUAUUAGACGCAUGGCGUGGAGGGAGCUCGACUUCUACGGUCUCCGUCAGCGUGCCACGCCCCAGCUUCGGAGCCUGGCCCUCGAUGACCGGAACUUAUACGUAGUUGAAGAAGAGCACCGAUGGGCCGAUGGCCAGCACAGCUGGCUGACACCGCCGCGAGUUCACUUCGUUUGGUGUACCGGAAUCCCAAUUGUGCCAGUACCGACAUCGGGGUAUCCUGGCGCUGCUCCUGGUGACGAUGCGCAAACACCCAGCGCGGCGUCCGCCGUUGUCGACGGCCCCGUCGUUGGCCCCGUCUGGGUCGAUGCCUGCGGAGCUAACGGCGACGUGAACAUGAGUUUCUGCAGUAGAGUCGCCAGCAGCGCAAACGCCGACGACGCCGCGUCCGGCUCGGCGUUUGGGUCCUGGCCGCCUCCGCUAGCCGGGGCGCUUGAGGUCGCCAGCCCCGAGGAACUCGUGAAGCAACUCAAGCGCCGACCAGGCGCCGGAGGCAGCAGCGCAACUGCCGCGUGGCCCUGGGCCCUCGUCAGCGACGGCCCUCCGGGCGGCUUCGUAGCCGAGCCUCCUGCGCGGUGGCUAGGCCUGGCGCCGUGUUGGCGCCACGAGGACUUCCCUUACCUGACGGUCUCCGAGAUGGUUGAUUUUGCCGCCGGAGUCCGCGUCACAGCUCGGCAUUGCUUCAUGCUCGAGACGUUGUCGGUGCAUGUGCGUCCCGCCAUCUCGGUCAAGGGGGCGGCCGCUGAAGUGGACGACGACGAUGAAGAUGGCGGUAGUAAGAUCUCCAGCCGAAAGGCAACCAAGAAAAAGAAGAGGUCAAAAAUCGAGCUUCUUGCCUGUGGCCACAUUGCCGGUGACGAGCGGUGGAUAGUGGGCGAGGACGACAGCGGGCACAUCACAAUUGUGAGGUUUUGA